AUGACUUCACCCUCCGAUGGGUCAGACCCAGAAUCUCCAAAAGCAGUCCAGCACCGACCGCGGGCUCCGACGAUUAGUAUAGACGAUUCCGCAGUCAAUUCUCCUCCCUCUCUCGAAGAACCUCAGAGUGCAGUAUCCGACAAACCUGGCCCUCUACCUCGAAUACAAACGUCUGGUCUCGAUUCUGGACCUACCCUUUCUUCUCCACUUUCAGUGUCGCCAACCGAUGUUCGACCGUCCUCUGACUUACGCGAGUCCCGUCCGACUUCUCCGCACAAUGUUUCCUCUCCCAGAGCACAUUUUCUGGAUGGAGCUGCCCACAACUUCCUUGCAGUUCCCGGCUCAAGAGCAAGGGCGACGUCGAUGGAGUCUCAAAACUCGGCGUCUACUUCCGAAUUUGGGGGAGAAACACAAAUCGCUUCAACGAUUUCCGGGACGGAUGAUUUACGCAAGAGCUCGUUGACCAAUAACGACGACGUGAUGAACGAUGCAGACGCCCUGCGGCCAGAUCCUGGAACGGAGGCGGAUUUCGAGGUAGAGGACAAUAAGUUUGCGUUUAGCCCGGGACAGCUGAAUAAGAUGAUCAACCCCAAGAACCUGGCCGCCUUUCACGCUCUCGGUGGCUUGAGAGGUCUGGAAAAGGGUUUGCGGACUGACCGUAACAGCGGUCUAAGUGUGGAUGAAGUUGGUUUGAGUGGAUCUAUCGACUUUGAGCAGGCUGUUCAGGCAGGCGCUGAAGCCGAGCAAAACUAUGGCACCGUGAAGAGGACGAUGACAUCCAACUCGAUAAUAGCUCCAGCGAAGAUUUCCGAGAAUUCGUUUGCAGACCGCAAACGCAUUUUUGGGGAUAAUCGGCUUCCGGAAAAGAAGGCUAAAACAUUCUGGCAGCUGGCGUGGAUUGCCUACAACGACAAGGUGCUGAUUCUGCUGUCUGUUGCUGCUGUUAUCUCACUUGCUCUUGGUAUCUACCAGACCAUCAAACCUGCGCCAUCUGAACAACAUGAAGCCCGCGUCGAAUGGGUCGAAGGCGUCGCCAUCAUGGUCGCAAUUUUUGUUGUAACUUUCGUGGGCGCCCUGAAUGACUACCAGAAGGAGCGUCAAUUCAUCAAGCUGAAUCGUAAGAAGGAAGAACGCUUUGUGAAGGUCAUCCGGUCCGGAAAAUCCCAGGAAAUCUCAGUCUACGACGUGUUGGUCGGGGAUGUCAUGCACCUGGAGCCGGGCGAUUUGAUACCUGUGGAUGGCGUCUUCAUCGAGGGCCACAACGUCCGAUGUGACGAAUCCUCAGCGACUGGUGAAUCUGAUAUCAUCCGCAAAACGCCAGCCGACGAAGUCUAUCACGCCAUCGAAACGCACCAAAAUUUGAAAAAGAUGGACCCGUUCAUCCUUUCUGGCGGUAAGGUCUCUGAGGGCGUCGGCACAUUCCUUGUCACUUCAACCGGCGUCAACUCGAGCUAUGGCAAGACCUUGAUGUCAUUACAGGACGAGACUCAGACAACACCUCUCCAAAUGAAACUGAACGUUCUCGCCGAGUACAUUGCGAAACUCGGUUUGGCUGCCGGUCUCUUGCUCUUUGUGGUGCUAUUCAUCAAGUUUCUUGCAGAGCUCAAGAAUAUCGAGGGAGGUGCUCAGAGCAAGGGUCAACGCUUCCUUCAGAUCUUCAUCGUGGCGGUUACCAUUAUUGUGGUGGCGGUGCCAGAAGGCUUACCCUUGGCCGUCACGCUCGCACUUGCGUUUGCAACAACGAGAAUGCUUAAGGACAACAACUUAGUGCGACUUCUGCGAGCUUGUGAGACCAUGGGCAAUGCUACUACUGUGUGCUCCGACAAAACUGGAACAUUGACGCAAAAUAAGAUGACGGUCGUUGCGGGAACCUUGUCUACCGCUUCUAGAUUCGGCGACAAACAACAGCCCAUCGGCUCUACGGCUGCCGGCGAUGCAAAGCUCCAAGUUCCUGAUGUGGUUGCUGAUGACGUGUCCUCGGCUGAAUUCUUUGCGACACUUUCUCAGGACACGAAGUCGCUCCUCAAAGACUCGAUUAUCCUCAAUACGACUGCGUUUGAGGGUGAGGAAGAAGGCAAGAAAGUAUUCAUCGGAUCCAAGACAGAGACUGCCCUGCUCACAUUCAUCGUCGACCAUCUGCCUAUUGGAUCGAUUGGUGAAGAACGAGCGAAUGCUGAGGUUGUCCAGAUGGUUCCCUUCGACUCUGGUCGUAAAUGUAUGGCUGUCGUCAUCAAACUAUCAAAUGGCAAAUACCGGAUGCUGGUGAAAGGAGCCUCCGAAAUCCUCAUUUCGAAGUGCACUAGGAUCGUGAGCGAUCCCACAAAGGAACUGGUGGAUGCGCCAAUGACCCUAGAUCAAAUGGAGACGUUGAACGGCAUUGUCAGCAACUACGCAUCACGUUCUCUGCGUACCAUUGCACUGCUUUACCGAGAUUUCAAUGAGUGGCCACCCCGAGGUGCCGCCCUUCCAGACGAUAAGAAGCAGGCGGAAUUUGAUAAAGUCUUCAAAGACAUGGUAUUCCUUGGGGUUGUUGGUAUCCAGGACCCGCUUCGUCCCGGCGUUGAACAGGCGGUUCGCGACUGUCAGGUCGCGGGUGUGUUUGUGCGCAUGGUGACCGGUGAUAACAUCAUGACCGCCAAAGCGAUCGCGACUGAAUGUGGUAUCUUCACACCGGGUGGGAUUGCCAUGGAAGGCCCUGUGUUUCGAAAAUUGAGCUUAAAGCAGCUGACGCAGGUCAUCCCGCGCUUGCAAGUGCUCGCCCGGUCAAGUCCCGACGACAAGAAGCUACUUGUGAGCCAAUUGAAAAAGCUCGGAGAGACCGUGGCCGUCACUGGUGAUGGUACCAAUGACGCACCCGCACUCAAGGCUGCAGAUGUUGGCUUUUCCAUGGGUAUCGCUGGCACAGAGGUUGCGAAGGAAGCGUCGGCUAUCAUCCUUAUGGACGACAACUUUGCGUCGAUCGUCAAAGCCAUUUCAUGGGGCAGAACUGUCAAUGACGCUGUCAAGAAGUUCCUUCAGUUCCAAAUUACAGUGAACAUUACCGCAGUCUUUCUCACGUUCAUCUCAGCGGUCGCGAAUGAUGACGAGAGCUCUGUGCUGACGGCUGUCCAACUUUUGUGGGUGAACUUGAUCAUGGACACCUUCGCCGCCCUGGCCCUGGCCACGGAUCCUCCUACGGCUUCCGUACUUAAACGUCGACCGGAGCCAAAGUCGGCCCCUCUGAUCACAAUCACAAUGUGGAAGAUGAUCAUUGGGCAGUCGAUCUAUCAGUUGGUCGUGACAUUGGUCUUGUACUUCGGUGGUGACGGUAUCUUGUCCUAUCAAACACAGCAUGAGAAGAACGCCCUUCAGAGCACAAUCUUCAACACGUUUGUGUGGAUGCAAAUCUUUAACCAAUAUAACUCUCGACGACUGGAUAACAAGUUCAAUAUUUUCGAAGGCAUGUUUCGCAAUUACUGGUUCCUGGGGAUCCAACUCAUCAUCAUCGGGGGCCAGUGUUUGAUCAUGUUUGUCGGAGGACAGGCCUUCUCGAUCAAUCGAAUCAACGGGGCGCAAUGGGGAUACUCCAUUGUGCUCGGCGCACUUUCUGUACCGGUGGCAGUCAUCAUACGGCUGAUCCCCGACGAACUGUUUGCGAGACUGAUACCUCAUUUGCCCCGAAGAAAGAAGCGUGGCCCAGAUUUUGUGCUCGAAGACGACGAGAAGGUGCAAUGGAACCCGGCAUUGGAGGAAAUCCGAGAAGAACUGCAAUUCCUGAAGAGGAUCCGUGGCGGCCGCAUCUCGGAGCUGGCUUACAAGCUGCAGCAUCCACGAGACACCUUUCUGCCACGGUCGCGCAGUCCUUCUCGUUCGCGGUCGCGAUCGAACAGUGAACUGCCGCAGACACCAGACGGAGAAAACAUUGUACCAGAGACACUGACCGGAUCCCCGGUCAGCCCAGAAAGAUUGAAACGACGGGCAAGAUCGAGUUCGAACUCGGUUUUCGGCCCUGCCACAGCAAUGGCUGGGAUCAUCGCCGGAAGCGUCGCUGGAGGGUGGUCUCCGAUUGAGAGACGACCCGAGGAACAAGAGACAGUGCGUUUCACCAGAGCUCGAUCCCAUUCUGGAGUGGAAGGGACCAGUGGCAUGGAGAUACAUCCGGCGACACCAGCAGACGACCCUGUGUUUGCCCGCUCGGCUCCACGAGCUGGCGUUCCUCCGAGUCAGGAUCCUGAGCUCGCUCCGCAUUUCGACUAUGCACCAGCACACAGUCCCUCUCCGCGAUCCAAAAUCUCACAUUCACGACAUGGGUCUGCCGUAUGA